AUGGCACAAGCAUCCUCCUCGAACACAAAUGUAUUCGGAAACCGGAACACUUCUGAUGACGCAUUCAAUGCUGGGCCUUCAUCUACCAACAUGGCUUCCUUGUCCGCAGGAACAGCAUUGACUGCAAACUAUCUAAGCGGUGAGCCAGUCUAUGCGGCAUACGGAUCAAUUACUUCAAGUAACACUAAAUGA